AUGACUUAUUUGGUCAACGGAAGUUUUAUUAUUUGCAAUAUAUAAAUGAAGACUUCUGAUCAGAUCAAAUCAUUGACUCGUGUAUAUUGAAUUUCUUGAGAAGCUUAAAUAAAAUGAAUCAUUUGAGGAAGGCCCUUUUAACUGUGGUGUUGUUGACUUUUACAACGACUGGCUUUGCAGACUUUGAAAAUAUUGGACAAGGUGGUGUCGGUGACGUCGGCGUUGAUGGGAAUAUUGAGGAGGGCCGAUUUUUAGGACUACUUAAAAAAGGAAAAGGACACGAAACACAUACCAAUUUUGUACCAUACCCUUAUCCGGUUCCAGUUAUUGUUCCUGUGUAUCAAAACCAAGGGCAUGGGGGAAAACUAGGAUUACUAGGAAAAGGACUUGAUCAAGGUUUCGGUUUUGCUGGAGAAGGUUUUAAUGAAGGAUAUUAUCAGGGUUUUCCAAAUCAAUAUCCCAACUUUAAUCCAUUGGGUUAUGGCGGUUUUGGACCUGGACUAGGUUCCGGAUAUGGUUUUUAUUAGUGAAUGAUGUUGUUGAGUUAUUUUUAAGUUUGUUGUAGGAAUAAAAAAACUUUAGAGAAGGUUUCUGAAAUUAAGUUUGUAUCUUUAAAAUGGA